UGGCUCUGAGGCUCAGCUGAACCUGUGUCACUGACUCUGUGGAGUCUCCAUCUUGUCGGAGGGAAAUCUCCGCUGCGUCUUUUUAUAGCUCGGCUGCAGUGAGUCCUGGUGCGAGCAGCAGCGGACAGAGGGGUCAGUGUUUGCAGGGAACAGGCCUCUGGGCUCGAACUCACCACAGACGGCGGAGCUCAGAGGAGAAACACGCGGACCUCGCUCCAGAGCCCCGGUGUCUCCUGACGCGUGUGGCCGCCUCUCGAAGCCUCGUCCCUGGGAAGAGCGCGCUGCCAUGGACCGAUGUGCCACACUGGAGCACUAUAAAGCCGGCAUGCUGCUGAGCGGUGUAGGUGACGCUCUUGGUUACAGGAACCAGCUGUGGGAGUACAAUGAGUCUGGACCAGCUAUUCACCAGGAGCUGAAGGAGCUCGGAGGCCUGAGGAACAUCAAGGCUGAGCUUCCUGAUUGGCCGGUGAGCGACGACACGGUUCUUCAUCUGGCGACGGCUGAAGGACUGGCCACUGGGAAGACGGGGGAGGCGCUCCUGCACGAGGUGGCCGCUCGAUAUGUGGAGGGGAUGAAAGACAUGGACGGGAGGAAACCGGGGCCUUCCAGCAUCCUGGGAGUGUCGCAGUUGAAACCUGGGGAGGAGGAGGGCUACAGAAUUCCUUAUAACCCAGAGGGGACGGGGUGUGGAGCAGCCAUGAGGUCCAUGUGCAUUGGCCUGAGGUAUCCAAAACCUGACCAGCUGUUGUCGCUGGUGGCAGUUGCCAUGGAGACAGGGAGGAUGACCCAUCCCCACCCCACUGGAUUCCUCGGAGCUGUGGCGUCGGCCCUUUUCACCGCGUACGCAGUCCAGCGCAGGCCAAUCACGACGUGGGGUCUGGGCCUGAUCAACGAGGCAUGUCCGAUAGCAAAGACCUUUGUUCAGGGUCGAGGCUUCGCCGUGGAGGCGACGGAGAGAGACUGGAGCUACUUCUGUGACAAGUGGCAGUGGUACCUGGAUAUUAGGGGCAUCUCCAACGGCGUGGGCCCUGCGAUCUGGCCCUCGUCCUACGGCCCGGCUGAGAGAGACGAAGCCUACAAGAGCUUCAGCCUGUCGGGCUGGGCGGGACGAAGCGGCCACGAUGCUCCGAUGAUCGCCCUCGAUGCCCUGCUGGGCGCGGGCUCGGACUGGGAGGAGUUGAUGAGCAGAGCGGGUUUCCAUGGAGGCGACAGUGACAGCACCGCAGUGAUCGCCUGCUGCUGCUGGGGUCUUCUCUACGGCACACAGGGCGUCCCUGAGGGAAACUACUCCAAACUGGAGUACAGGGAUCGACUGGAGCACAGCGCCGAGCAGCUCUACGCACUGUCACACUGAGGUCUCCGCAACAUGCCGUGCUGACAUUGCGUGUCUUAACUUGUUGCACUGAGAGGAAACUGGGCCACACUGGGCCAUGCUUGCCUGAAGGGGGAGUAGUGUCCCACUGACCUAAAGUCAAUCAUUUCUGCCACAACAAGGCCUUUGUUGUGUUGGUGCUGAGGUUGGCGUAUAAAGAGGGCUCCCCCUAGUGACCGUUUGAAAUGAACAUGCAGAGUUGUACUAAGCGGAACGAAUCCCGGCUAAUGAGAAUGUUAGGAGAAUACAAAACGUCCCCCAGGAGGUAAUUACUUUGUUUUGUCAGCUUGACAUAAUAGUAAAUGCUUAGUUACUCCAAAUUAAAUGUGCUUUUGUUAUCGUCUAAUGAAAAAUACAAUUCUGCGUCUCACUAUAGUUAACUGGGGCCUCAUUCAACUGUAACUGCAG